AUCGCCGUGUCUGUUUCACGGAUUCUUUACUCGCAAUGUGAUCUGGAGAUUUAUGGCUCGAAGUUAAAGGCCGAAGGCCAAAACAUGUCACAUUCUCUCCACCAUUCUAUCAUUAAAUUGGCUGUUGGCUACGAUUUUAUUUUGAAAUAUCAACAACAACGAGAGAACAUGCUUGUAAAGGGGUAGUCUGGUAUUGUUCAACAUUUGUCAUAAAAAUAUCAUGUUUUGUACCAAAGUGAAAUAUCAUUAACGGUGGAGUAUCAAACUAUUGUUUGAUGUGAUGUGUUUAGGAUGAGAGAUUAUUACGCUAUAAAUAUAUGAUUAUGAAUUGAUUGAUGCCUUGUAAUUGAAAUUUCUGUGGACACAUUUACAUGCGUGCCUAUACCGCAAUUAAACAAUUCAAAUUUUUAUCAUGUACCCUAUAUAACCAUAAGUGUCAAUUUAUGCCGCUAAUCCCACGUGAAUUAGACUUUCAAAUAUGGUACAAGUACGUUACAACUCUUAUUGAAAAUGACAGGACAAUCCUAUGCCUAAGCUUUAUAUGAUUACCGUUCAUUUACGAUAGCAAUGAAGACAGUUGUCAAGGAAUGUCUAAAUCAUGAACCGUCGAUCAUAGACCAGUGUUAAACUGAAUGAAGAUCAAUGAAAAACUGUUCUGUUUAAUUUAUUUAGUGUUUAAGAAAACCAAUCGGAUAUUGUAAUUUGUGUGUCUAGACUAAUUUGUAUUACACGACAUAUGGAAAGUCUACAUCGUGAAAUUUGCGUCAUGUUUGUAAACAAUUCACACCGGUGAUAUUGACAAGAUCACGCUGUACGUGCCAUAGAAUGUGACCGUGUUCACUCUAGUGAAAUUUGAGACUAACGAGGGUGCAGUAAUUUGCAAACUCAAUUUCUCCGUGUUUCUCAAUGUUAAUUGUCCCUCGUCACUCUUAAAUGAAAUGUAAACAUGCUGUUCUAAAAAAAAUUUUAAUUGAAUCAAAUUUGUGGUAAUUAUGAUAAAUUUGUCUGUGAUCAAUGGUAAUUAAAAGUCACUUUUCACACUCCGUGUUCCCUGCGGGUUCUCAGGCUAACUCACACCCGUAGGUCUGUGAAAGUUUGACACUCUGUGUCUCUACUUUGCCGACAAUUACAAUCAAAACACCGUUAUCAUGUCAACUAUGGCAGUACAAAGUGAGAAAAAGCAAUUUCACUUUCACAUCCACACGCAAUUUGAAUAAAGGCUAUGAUAAAUUUACCUUUUAUUAAGUGUUUAAUUUUGUAUAUAUUACUAAAUAACAAAACAUAAUGUAAUUAGUAUUUCCUGUGUGAAAUGUACUUUAUAGAAAUUGUAACUUAUUUUCACCCUAGGAUUAAAUUUUUGUACACAGUAUAAAUGCUUGUAUCCCUUCUUUUACAGUUUAAUUUACCUAAAUUUUAUGAAACAAGCAAGCACUACUCCAACUUAUUUAUUUGGGACGGGCAAAGAAUAAAAACACAGAUCAACAAAAGUAAUGUCUUAUUUACAAGGGUUGUUUAAUUUUUUUUAUCAGCAAUUGUUUGCUUAUGUAGCGAUUUGUACAUUAAUGGUAUUUUCUUGGCGUUUUUUUUUUUUUUGGCCUUCUUUCAUUUGGUUUGUAAUCAUAUUAUUAAUGAUCAAAAGAAGUUUCGUUUGCCGGUAUAUAAAAGAAGAGCACAGAAAGACUUAAAUGAAGGUUUGCUUAGCAAUGAAGCAAGAACAAUAGUGAUUUAUAUCGAACUGUAGAUUCAAUGAUAUCAUUUACACCUGUUUCUUUGUAAAAGAAGCCGCAAUUACCCGGUGGCUUCAUGUUUUUUACGAGAGAGAGAGAGAGAGAGAGAGAGAGAGAGAGAGAGAGAGAGAGAUGUCCAACUGACUUUUAAAAUCUAGAAUGAAGUAGCUUUCAUGCACUAUUUAUUUCCAUGGUUUCAUGUUGUGUUUGACCCCCUUCUGAAAGUGAUAAUUUUUGACAUCCAUUAACACUAGUUCAAUAUGUGGAUAAAGGAUUAGAUAUAGACUAAAAUAACAUGAUAUAAAAUAUAAUCUGACUUAAUCUGCAAACAUUAUGGAGUAAUCUUUUUUCCAGGUCUAAGCUCACGCAAAUGAUGUUUUCUAUAAACAGUACCAAGAUGAAUCAAAGCAAGGAUAUAAAGACAGAUUUCCAUUUUGACUUCACUAUAUAUCGUUAUUUUCAUUGAAAAUUAAGGUUUAAGAAAUUAUGAUAUACUAAAGUGCACUUUUGAUAUUUAUAUUUUUAUGAAAUCCAACAAAGCAAAAACAAAUAUAAAUGACUAAUGUAAACAAAUUUAAAAAAAACACAUUAUUUUUCUUUUUUUGCUAUUGUUCACGUUUUAAAUCAUGAUUAUUUUCUUUUUUAAACCAUGCUUAUUAUUAUCAAUUAGAUAUCAUUUGUAUACUGCUAUAUUAAAAAACAACUAUAGCCAUUAUAUUUUAACAAUAAUUGUUAUUCAUGUACCGGCAUUCAAUGUUCAGAAAUGUGACUAUUCCUGAAUAUACUAUAUAGCAUAUUUGAAAUCUCAUUUGAGCUCAUGUAUAUUGUUAAGUGUAGAUAUAUGUGCUAAUUCUGAAUUAAUUUUACGUACCGAUCUGUUUACGUGCAAAUCAUGUUUUCAUAUAUAUGAUUUGUAAAAAAAAACACCCAAAAAACAUUCAAUUUCUUCUAAAUAUAGAACUAUGGAUUAAUUGUAAAAGUUCAUUAUGGAUGAAAGAGUUUUUAAACUUUGAACAGUACUUUUGAGGUUGAGAAUAUUCUGUGUUCAGAAAAAUAUUCUAUUAAAAAAAACAAAAACAUUUCCUGAACAUUUUCUGAAGUAGGCUAUAGUCGCAGGUUUUUUGAUACUGCCUAUAAUACGGCAAUCCUCAUUGGUUCAAAUUGUCACGUGAUUAACGGACCCGCCAAAUCACGAAUUAUAUUGGCGUACGCUAUGCUAUCGUCACUUUGGCGUGUGAUCAGUGGAAUUCAAAACAAGGAAAUACAGUCUGACCGGUGAAUAAGUUAGGUGUGAAUUUAUUGGUCUCGCAGUCGAGACGAAGAAGAGGAAAAGCAGGUAUGACGAAGAACAGGGAGGAUAAUAUCAUUAGGACAUUAACAUAUGUUGACUCGGAAGGUGAGUUGAGCCCACAUGAUCACGAUGGCGACUUUUCAGUAAAUGGGUCAAGCCCUCUAUCGUCACCAUAUGCCAACGAUGCCGAUAGAUCUUCAGAGUUUUUAGAAAUGGAUUUACCACCAUUAUCCCCCUGCCCCGUCCCCAGGCCAAGGAGAAGACCCAUGAAAUCGAGGAGAUAUUCACCGAUCCCAUUCGCUUCGUAUCAGGACGAGGGUCACGAAGGCGAUGUCGACGAGGCCACGGAACAGAGAGUUCCCAACCCAGGGACGGAGUUUGCGUCCCCUGCCUGCCCGGUCUCCCCUCCCCAUAGGCGUUUGAGAGCAUUGCGACUUUUUGAUACACCCCACACCCCGAAAUCUCUUCUGCAGAAAGCUAGACGCCGCCGCAACACAGACGAUAAGAAACGCCAAAGGGAGGAGCGGGUGGAGGCUAAUUUCAACCCCUUCACCCCAAACAACAACCGACCAGGGUCCGCUACUGUUAACGGCAAGAGAAACAGGUCUCAAUUUGAAAGGAGCUUAUUGGAAGACUCAGCUGAUGAAAUAGAGAUAGAUAUCCCAUCAACAAAGAAAAUUGCCCUGCAUGAGAUCAACACUUCUCGGUACAAUGAAGAGUUUUAUGAAGUCUGCAAGCUUGGAGAUGGGGAGUAUGGCAGUGUGUUCAAAUGCGUCCAUCGACUGGAUGGCUGCACAUACGCCAUUAAAAAGUCCAAAACGCCGGUAGCAGGAAGCGUGUAUGAGAGAAAUGCCAUGAAUGAGGUUUAUGCCCACGCAGUGUUGGGGAUCCAUCAACACGUUGUGCGGUACUACUCGGCUUGGGCAGAAGAUGAUUACAUGUAUAUCCAGAAUGAAUUCUGCAAUGGUGGCAGUCUAGGUGAAGUUCUAGAGAGCAACAGAAGAACUAGGACAAGCAUGAGUGAGAGUGAUUUCAAACAGAUCCUUCUACAGGUAGCCCAGGGGCUUAGACUGAUUCACUCGCAAAACCUUGUCCACCUGGACAUCAAGCCAGGCAAUGUCUUUAUACACAGAAACGAGAAAUUCUUACGUUCUCCUGAGAGUGGUAUGGAGUCGUGCGAUGAAUUUGAUGAUGAAGAAACUGACGAGUCCCCCGCAAUUCUCUACAAAAUAGGUGAUCUGGGUCAUGUGACAUCUGUUAGCAAUCCUACAGUUGAAGAUGGAGACUGUCGAUAUCUGCCCAAGGAAAUCCUGAAUGAUAACUAUGAACACCUGACAAAGGCUGACGUGUUCUCUCUGGGGGUCACAAUGUAUGAAGCUGCAACUGGUUGUCAUUUACCCAAGAAUGGCGAGGAAUGGCACGCAAUUCGCCAGGGAAAGCUUAGAAAAAUCCCGCAUUUCUCCAAUGAAAUCAACAGUCUUUUAAAGAGCAUGGUACACCCUACCCCGAGUUGUCGACCCUCUGCAAUGGCCAUCACGCAACACUCUGCCCUAUGUCCACAGGCCAAAAAGUCACGAGCCCAGUUACGCAAGGAACUCAACGAAGAAAGACUUAAAAAUCAAGUGCUCUCAAGAAAACUGUUGGAGGCAACACAGUGCAUACCAAGGCCGUUCCGAGGAUUCAGGGGGGAUAAUGUUCCGAUCGUCACACCAGUGUCGCGGAGAACUCGCCUUCUGGGGAAGAACAUGAAACGGAGUAUGAGUCUCUCAGCAUUCUGACCUCACCGCUGACAACAGCCACGGACAGUGCAAUAGUGUGACUUGGCAAUUGGUUGACUACGUGCAGAAUUUCUACAGCUUGUUUUUUUCUAUCAUUCUCUUCACCGCUAUUAAGAAUUUAAGACUGAUAAGCUGCAAGGAUGGAAUAGUCUUCUCUGUCACUGGUUUUUGUGUAGAGAGGUUAAUGCGUAUUUGUUCCUAGACGUAACUAUCAUGUGUAGUUUAUUUAUGUAUUUCAUCUUCCUAUCAAUGGAAUACGAGUGCCAGUAUUGUUUUCGCUCACUCUACCUUUAAUACAUAGAAAUCUGUCAUAAGAUACAUGUGUAAGGUUUUGAUGUCCUGUCACCAAAUCUGUUAUCUUGCAACAUAGAAUUGGAAUUUCUCCUUUUCUAAAUGUGAUAUUUUUGUAUGCAUGUGUGUGUGUAUGUGUGCGUGAACAAACAUUUUUGAUUGAGGAAUAUAGAUUUGUAUAGAUAUAUAUUUUGUCAUUGAUGAUGCAUGUCAUUCAAUUUAUUUUCCAUGAGAGUACUUGUCUAUUCCGAUAGAUACAUGUAUAAAGAAUCUUGUCCCGAUUUCCAUAUUUUGAUUGGAUCAUUUCAUUCAUUAGUUGAUCAACUGCAUGAAAUGGAAUUAACAAAUUUAUUUUGUAGAAUAGUCUCCUGUGAAGUUGAGCACUGGGCCCUCACCUUGAAGCAUAUUUCGUGAUAACAUAGUUUUCUGUGAGUUAAGCACACAGGCCACUUUUAGACAUAUUUUGUGAUAACAGUCUCCUGUGAAGUUGAGCACUGGAUCCACCUUGAGGCAUAUUUCAUGACAACAGUCUCUUGUGAAGUUGAGCACUGUCCCACCCCCUCCCUUUCACACAUAUUUCAUGAUGACAUAGUCUCUUAUGAAGUUGAGCACUGCCCCACCCCCUCCCUUUCACACAUAUUUCAUAAUGACAUAGUCUCUUGUGAAGUUGAGCACUGGGGUCGCAUUCAGACAUAUUGCAUGAUGACAUAGUCUCCUGUGAAAUUGAGCACUGCCCCACCCCCUCCCUUUUAGACAUAUUUCUUGAUUACCUAGUCUCUUGUGAAGUUGAGCACUGGGGCCACAUUCAGACAUAUUGCAUGAUGACAUAGUCUCCUGUGAAAUUGAGCACUGCCCCACCCCCUCCCUUUUAGACAUAUUUCUUGAUUACCUAGUCUCCUUUGAAGUUGAGCACUGGGGCCACAUUCUGACAUAUUUUGUGAUGACAGUCUCCUGUGAAGUUGAGCACUUGGGCAUUCCUUUAGACAUUUCAUUAUUUAUAGUCAUAACCAUUCUCAUACUUGUAUUUAUUUUUGUUAAAUAACUAUUAGUGUGAUUGCAUGCAAUUUUUUUAUUCGGUCUUAAAUAUGGCAUAUUGAUUGAAAAAAAAACUUGAUAUUGUAAAUACACACCUAUUCUACAUGGGAUGUGAUUGUUGAUAUGUAUUAAUUUUUGACUCAAAUGUUAAUUCUUAUCCUGCCACAUUUAUUGUUAUUUACCAAAAAUUGUGUAUUCACGAAUGUAACCAGCAGUGUAUAACAAAUUUUUCUUGUUAAAAAAAAUAUGUAUUUAAAAAAAAAAAAAUGGGAGAAAGAUUUGGGAUUUACAAAAAAGCACCUGCUGGUUAGAUUCAUAGAGUAACUUUAAUGAGAUCCUGAUCACAGCAAGGUGCUCAAUGAUUGUACAUUUUCUUAAUAAAGUUUUAAUAAUAAAUGUUUUUUGUAUUUUUGA